AUGGCCCUGCAGAGCCAUGUGUGGUCUCUGGCCACACCCAUGCCCAUGGCGGAGAGCUCCCUCUACCGGCAGCGACUAGAGGUCAUCGCGGAGAAGCGGAGGCUACAAGAGGAGAUACGCGCGGCGCGCCGCGAGCUGGAGGAAGAGAAACUCCGCGUGGAGCGGCUCAAGAGGAAGUCUCUCCGGGAACGCUGGCUAAUGGACGGGGCAGCUCAGGAGCCAGAGCGGCCCCAGGACCCCACCUCACAGGACCCCCAGUCACCUGAAGACCAAGCUCAGGCCCGCAUCCAGAACCUGGAAGACAGCUUGUUCACACUCCAAUCCCAGCUGCAGCUGCUGCAGAGUGCGUCCACAGGUGCCCAGCACAAGCCCUCAGGCAGGCCCACCUGGCGACGACAGGGUCACCGUCCUCUCUCCCAGCCCAGCGUGGAGUCAGGUCCUGCAGGCCAGACUGAUCUAAACAAGAGAGCCUCCUUGCCAGCCGGACCAGUGGGCACAUACCCGGAGUCCCCCUCCGAGCCCAGAACUGAGGCUGCCGGGGUUCCAGCAGCCCCAAGGCAGGUCCCUGGGGCAGCAGGGACCUCCUCAGAAGCCAAUGGCCCCUGCCCUGGAUCCAGCCUCCCUCUGGAGCAGGAGUCAAGUCAGCGGGUGGUAGCACCUGAGGGGGCAGUGAAUGAGGCCAAAGCGGGAGGCAUGGUGAAGGUGGUGUGGGAGGGGCUGAGGGCCACGGAGGACUGUGCCGUCGGGGCCACAGGCUUGGAGCUGGAGGCUAAGGUGGAGGAGAUGGUAUUGGAGGCCAUCGGGGACAGACAGGAAGCCAGCCGUCCAGAGCUCCCCUCGUGGGUCAAGGAGGACAGGGCCAUUGUGGAGGUGGUCUGGGAGGGGGUGGGGGGUACAGAGGGCAGUGAUUUGGAGGCCAUGGCGGAGGCAGGCAGGGGCCCAGAGGCCGUGCAGACCGGCUCCCUGGGGCUCCGGGAGGGAGCGGGGGGAGCAGGUCCUGGAGCAGGUGCCCCCAGAAGCAGCCCUGAUGGUGAUGGGCAGGGGGUCUUUGGAGGAGAGGAGGGGUCCUUCAUUUGGGUGGAGAGAGUGACCCUCAGUGAGGAAUGGGAGGAGCUGGAGGUGGAGGGGUUGGAAGGGCCAAAGGCACUGGGAAGGGAAGAAGAGGAUGAGAGUCCAGGGCGGGUGGAGGGCAGAGGCGAGGAGGAAACGUGGGAGACGGAGAGGAGGCGGGCAGAAGGACCUGAAGGUGCAGAGGAGAGAGGCAGUGAGGGAAAGGCAGGCACGGAGCCAGAAGGGGCGGAGAUGUCACUGGUGGUGGAGGGGAAAGGGAGCCAGGAAUCCUUGGAGCCAGACAGAAGAGGUGAGGAACACGUGGAAACAGAGAUGGGAGGAGGUGACGAACCAUUGUUGGCAGAAAGGAAAGAAGCUGAGGGACCUCGGGGGGCAGAGAGGGGAAGAGAUGAGAAGCCGUUGGGAGUAGAGCAGAAAGGAGGUGAGGAAAAGCUAGAGGCAAGCCAAGAACCAGAGACAGCAGAGAGAAAAGGGGAGGAGUCACUGAUGGCAGAGAGAAUAGGAGGUGAGAAGCCAUUGGAGGAAAAGGAAAAAGGAGAUGAGAGGGCAGAGAGAAUGGGAGACGAAGAGCCCUUGGAGGCAGAGAAAACAGGAGAUGAGAAAUCACAGAAGGUAGCAGGACCGGGAGGUCAAGAGCCACUGGAGGCAGCGAAGACAAGAGAUGAGAAAUCACAGACAGCAGAGAGAACCGGAGGUGAGGAGCCAUCAGAGGUGGAGAAAAAUGGAGAUGAGGACUGGCUGAAGGCAGAGAGAACCGGGGGUGAGGAGCCGUUGCCGACAGAGAAGACUCAGGGGGUCGGGGAGGAGCAGAGAGAGUCAGAAGAAAAGGGAUGUCAGGCAGAGAAAGUGAGUGAGGCAGGGGCUCCCCCAGAAGCCAAGGAGGUGCCAAGGCCUGAGGAUGAAGGACAGCAGCCCCAGGAGAAGCAGGAAGGCUCCCCAGAAGCAGAAGUGGAAGCAGCAAAGCCCCAAACUCCUGCUGAGGGCCGGGACCCCACUGGAGAUGCCACCCCACUCCUGGCAGAGAUGUCAGCUCAGGAUCAGCCUGCUGAGUGCCAGCCACUGCUGCAGAUGGAGGGGCCCAGGGCCAACCCCAGUGCCCGCCCCGUGCCCACCUAUGCACCUGCCCGGCAGCCGGAGCCCUCUGCCCCUCCGGAAGGUGAAGAGGCAAGCGGCCCUAAGCAGAAGACAUGCCAGUGUUGCACGGUUAUGUGA